AUGGCGCAUGGAUCUGCCGCGAGGUGUGGCAUCGCUGCCUCACCGGAGGCGGUGCGGUCCGUCUGGUGUCCAAACGCGGUAGCGGAUAUGCAACCCCUCCGUUGGUGCACCGAAGCAAAGGUGAACGCAGCAUGGACGUCGGGCAAUGCAAACAUGGCGCGACAUGCCCGCCGUGGGAGGCGGGCGGUGACCGUUGGUGAGGCGGAGUCGCAUUCUCCGGCGCACCAUAUCGUGCACCGGUCAGGGCGCCGCAACUGCAUCGUGAUGGAUGUCACCGGCUCGUCCCAGGACGGAUCCAUCAUCGACCCGACGUCCACCGGCACCGUCAGGGUUCCGGGAUACGACAAGGAAAAGUCAAGAUGCACUGACAUAGUACUGCACCGUACCGAGUGGUCGAACCGGCACGCGGUGUUCGACGCCGAGGUGGACGGGAGGCUGCGCGGCCGCGACGCCGGCCAGCCGAGGAAGAACGACUUCCUCGACGUGCUGCUCGACGUGGCGGCGCGUGAGGACGGCAAGGACCUGCUGGACCGCCAGACGCUACGAUCACUUUUCACGGAUUUGUUCUCUGCUGGUAGUGACACAAGCUCUAGUACAGUGGAAUGGGCAAUGACGGAGCUUCUCCAAAACCCAGCAUCAAUGUCUAGCGCUUGCAAUGAGCUUGCAGAAGUUAUUGGCUCCAAAAGAAACAUUGAAGAAGAUGAUAUUGUUCGGUUGCCCUAUCUCCAAGCUGUCAUAAAAGAGACUUUUCGACUUCAUCCCCCGGGCCCGCUCUUGUUGCCACGCAAACCCGAGAGAACACUGAAAAUAGCCGGUUACACAAUACCUAAAGAUUCACGUGUGUUCAUAAAUGUAUGGGCGAUAGGUCGAGAUAAAGAUGUAUGGAUCGAACCUGAAAAGUUUAGGCCAGCGAGGUUCUUGGGUUCAACAGUUGACUUUAGGGGUGCUGAUUUUGAGCUCCUUCCAUUUGGUGCCGGACGUCGGAUCUGCCCUGGAAUGCCAUUGGCUAUUAGGAUGGUGCAUUUGGUCCUUGCUUCGUUGUUAAAUCAAUUUAACUGGAGCUUCCCUGUUGAACUUGAAAGGGAUGGGAUUGAUAUGGAAGAAAAGUUUGGCCUAUCACUAACGAAGGUCGUGCCUCUUCGUAUUGUACCAACACCGAUUUGAAUUAGAAACAAAAUGUGUCCCUAGUAAGACUGCUUAAUGUUUUAAUAUGUAAUAAUCCAAAUGUAUCACCCAUGGAAUUUAUACCGUUAUUUAUGUCAUAGUUAAAAUAAUUCUUUUAAAAAACUUGACUUCCUCGGAGUGUACAAGUUGAAUGAUAUGUUGUUUUUGCGGGGAGAUAUGAUGUGUUACAAAGUUGUUGAUCCUACAAAGGUAUUCAUACAUGCCAUCCUAGCCACCCAGAUUAACUUUUCAGGUUUGUAUAACACCAUGUUGCAAAAAAAGUAAAUGCAUUACUGAAAAAAAUACAACAUUUCAUUCGCAUGCGGUGGAUGGUGG